AUGAAAAAAAAUCAAAAAUAAUCUAGUAAACUUAGAAAUAAGCACCAAUAACAUAAAAAAGAAUAUGAGGAUCUUUUCAAUUCAAAAGAACAGAUAUCAUAUAAUAGUAAUAUAUAAAAAAUAGAUAAAACUCCAUAAGAAUAACAAAUUGAUUAAAAUAGAAUAGAAUAAUGUAAAAGUAGAUCUUGGCAUAAAAGAUUAGAUUGUGUUGUUAAUCUCUCAGAAAUAAAAGUAGGAAAGUUUUCAUAAGAGGAAGUAGACUAUAUUAUGAAGGUUGUCAAUGAAUAUAUAUUGUAAAACAAUUUAAAUGAUUAAGAUUUAUAAGAAUAUAUUGAAUUAAAGUCUUUUGGACUCUCUAAGAUGUGGCUUACUAUUGCAAAAUAAAUACCUAAUAGAAGUGUUGAUUCUAUUUAUAAAUUAAUUCGAAGAAAAUAUGAUAGCAAAAAUAGAUAAGGAUAUUGGAAUAAGAAUGAGGAGGCAGACUUAAUCAAAUAUGUAUAAUAAUAUGGAAGAAAAUGGAGGGAAAUAAGUAAGCAUUUUAAUCGAACACCUGAUAAUAUUAGAAAAAAAUAGGAGAAUUUUUAAUAUUAAUGA